CCCUAGUAGACGUUCUUAGUUUUUGCACACGACACUGUCAAAAUACCUUAAGUAGGUCAAUUUUGGCAGGUACCGGAUUUGUGUUGCAACAUAAAUCCAGGAAGGUUGUGUUGUCAAACAACGGUGAACUUGUUUUCAGAAUUCUUCACACCACAUAUUUGAAAGAUGGCCGACUUUAAACAAGCAGGAGGUCCUCCAAGUGACCCAGCGGGACCUCCGCCAGCUUACCCCGCCCAGCCCGGGCAGCCCACGUACCCCCAGCCACCGCCCUACCAGGCCCAGCCAGGAGCAGUUCCCAUGCAAGGUCCUUAUGUGGCCCAGUCUAGCGCACACACUGUUGUUGUUACCCAGCCAGGUUAUGCUGUUCCCGGGCCAUUGCCGGGCUCCACCUGCCGCUAUCAACAACAUCCAAUGUUGAUCAUCUGUCAGCACUGCAACGCAACUGUGACGACCACAACUACUUACGAAGUGGGUUUACUCACUUGGGCCGCAACCGGACUGAUCUGCUUGUUUGGGUGUUGGCUUGGGUGUUGCCUGAUUCCGUUUUGCGUUGACGCCGCUAAAGACGUCACCCACACCUGCCCUAACUGCAACCAGCUGUGUGGAAAAUUCCGACAUUUCAGUUAAACGACUAAUGUCUACCGUUUUGUGCCUAUUGUGCAGUCCAGUUUUUAAAAAAUAUUUUUUGUCAAACAUACAACAGAAAAAUGUAUGCUUUAUAAAUAUAUAAAAUUAUACUGGAAGUGUUCUUAUCAACUAUUUUUUUGUCUAAUAACAAAUGACAACUCUGUUAACAUAUCAAGGGUUUGUUAAAUAAAAAAAUAAUAUUGAAAAGCAAAAAAUCUCUGUGAUAUAAAAAUGACUGGCUCAACUACUGUUAAUAUAAUUAAAGAAGGAAAAACAACAAAUUGAGUCAAAAUAGUCACACUAUGUUCAGAAUUUAUUUCUUUUAACUUUUUACCAUCCUGUGAUAUUUGCUUACUUGAAAUGGGGAAAAGGAUUUCAUUUAUUUAUCAGUCCACUACUGGUCCAAUCGGAGCGGACUAAAGGUUUUGUCUGUCAUUCUGUCAGUGUCUCAUAUAGUUUUUGGACAUUUUUAUUUUCACAUUGCUUCAAGAUAUUAGAUCUGAAAUUUUGUGUAUAGCUUUAUAGUGUACUGUUACAGAUCAAGUUUGACUUUCAGGGUGAUUUGCUAAUUUUUUGCAGUUUCACCCUAAAAUACGAAAAAAAAUUGCUGGUUUUAUAUUGUAUUAACAUUGUUUCCAGGGCCACAUCUAACAGCAAAGGGGGGUGGGUGGGGUGGGUAGGGAGGGCAUACAGUGACAGUUGUCCUAACAAAUGAAAAAGUGCCAUUUUAGGUUUAAAACCCUGUAUUACUGUGACCAGACUUGUUUCUCUUUGUGCAGCAUCCUCAUUAUUUAGGCUAGUUAAUGUUCUGUUUUCAUUGUUUUAUUAUUGUAAUAGUUGCUUUUGUCAGGUGUAUUUAAUAUAAGUAGAAAUGUUUAUACAUGUAUUUACAAUUCUUUCUUUUUUUGACAUCUUAUACAGCCGUUUGUCCUUUAGACUACUACUAUUUAAUCAGAAUUAAUAUUUAACAAAACAAACAAACAAACCAGCAAGCAUAUUUUAAAUUAAUUGUAUGUUGCCCAUUCCAUUGUUUUAAAUAGAAUGCAGACAUGAAAUGAAUGCAUGUAUUCCUAGUAUGUAAUUAAAUGUUUUGUUAUCUUACGAAUUGAGAACAUUUACAAAAAAUAGACUGAUGAUCCGUAAUCUUUCUAUUGCAUAAUAAUACAAAGUUAACAAUAAUAAUUUCAAAUAAUAACAACAUAAUAUUCUAACUAAAAUGUCAUCCAAUAGCCGAUGAUUAAUGAAUCAAUGUGCUCUAGUGAUGUUGUUACACAAAAUAAAUUUUAAUUAAAACCAAAAGAAAAUAUUUGAAAAAAAGAAAGAAAAAAGUUUUAAAAAGUGUCUGACUACAUGUAUAUAUAACCUGACAUCUCAGCGGUUCCUUUGUGCAUUUCUCCCUUUAAUAAUGGACUGGGCCAAACCUCCCAACAGUCAAUCAUUCCUUACCAAACCUCCCAACAGUCAAUCAUUCCUUACCAAACCUUCCAACAGUCAAUCAUUCCUUACCAAACCUCCCAACAGUCAAUCAUUCCUUACCAAACAGCCCAACAGUCAAUCAUUCCUUACCAAACAGCCCAACAGUCAAUCAUUCCUUACCAAACCUCCCAACAGUCAAUCAUUCCUUACCAAACCUCCCAACAGUCAAUCAUUCCUUACCAAACAGCCCAACAGUCAAUCAUUCCUUACCAAACAGCCCAACAGUCAAUCAUUCCUUACCAAACAGCCCAACAGUCAAUCAUUCCUUACCAAACAGCCCAACAGUCAAUCAUUCCUUACCAAACAGCCCAACAGUCAAUCAUUCCUUACCAAACAGCCCAACAGUCAAUCAUUCCUUACCAAACCUCCCAACAGUCAAUCAUUCCUUACCAAACAGCCCAACAGUCAAUCAUUCCUUACCAAACAGCCCAACAGUCAAUCAUUCCUUACCAAACCUCCCAACAGUCAAUCAUUCCUUACCAAACAGCCCAACAGUCAAUCAUUCCUUACCAAACAGCCCAACAGUCAAUCAUUCCUUACCAAACAGCCCAACAGUCAAUCAUUCCUUACCAAACCUCCCAACAGUCAAUCAUUCCUUACCAAACCUCCCAACAGUCAAUCAUUCCUUACCAAACCUCCCAACAGUCAAUCAUUCCUUACCAAACCUCCCAACAGUCAAUCAUUCCUUACCAAACCUCCCAACAGUCAAUCAUUCCUUACCAAACCUCCCAACAGUCAAUCAUUCCUUACCAAACCUCCCAACAGUCAAUCAUUCCUUACCAAACCUCCCAACAGUCAAUCAUUCCUUACCAAACAGCCCAACAGUCAAUCAUUCCUUACCAAACAGCCCAACAGUCAAUCAUUCCUUACCAAACAGCCCAACAGUCAAUCAUUCCUUACCAAACCUCCCAACAGUCAAUCAUUCCUUACCAAACCUCCCAACAGUCAAUCAUUCCUUACCAAACCUCCCAACAGUCAAUCAUUCCUUACCAAACCUCCCAACAGUCAAUCAUUCCUUACCAAACCUCCCAACAGUCAAUCAUUCCUUACCAAACCUCCCAACAGUCAAUCAUUCCUUACCAAACAGCCCAACAGUCAAUCAUUCCUUACCAAACAGCCCAACAGUCAAUCAUUCCUUACCAAACAGCCCAACAGUCAAUCAUUCCUUACCAAACCUCCCAACAGUCAAUCAUUCCUUACCAAACCUCCCAACAGUCAAUCAUUCCUUACCAAACCUCCCAACAGUCAAUCAUUCCUUACCAAACCUCCCAACAGUCAAUCAUUCCUUACCAAACCUCCCAACAGUCAAUCAUUCCUUACCAAACCUCCCAACAGUCAAUCAUUCCUUACCAAACCUCCCAACAGUCAAUCAUUCCUUACCAAACCUCCCAACAGUCAAUCAUUCCUUACCAAACCUCCCAACAGUCAAUCAUUCCUUACCAAACAGCCCAACAGUCAAUCAUUCCUUACCAAACAGCCCAACAGCCAGUUGUUGCUUACUAUCUUCUUUGAUGUAAGACCUUCAUGGUACAUUAUAUCUUUUUAUACAUUAAACUGAAUAAUCACUUUGGAAUUCAUUAAUAGUUUGAAAACAUUUAUCGAAAAAACAGCUGGCUGCAUUUGUUUAAAUACACUUAACAUUCAUAAAUUGAUGCAAAGAACUAGUUUUAAAGCUUUCAAGCAAGAAGUCAUGUUUCAUCCGGUUUGUAGUCUGAAUUUGAUGUUUGCUCAGAAAUAUUCUUUUGUUAUUUUAGGCAUCAAGUUUUGAUGUCCUUAUUUAUUUGAUUACUUCUAUGUUUAUGCUGACAGUACCAGUAAUUGUUACUGCAACCAUUACCAGUUUGUAUGUGAUAAUUAAAAAUAAUUUCAUAUUUAUCAUGCUCAUAACUAUUUUUAUAAAACCUAUAUAUUCAUUGAUAUUAUAUAUUUUUAUUUUGUUGGUGCAUGAAUUUGAAAGUGUUUGCAGCAUCUUUUCUAAAUAGGUUAUAAGGACAAAUUUUUAUUAAACGACAUAAAUGACUUCACUUAUUUUUCCUCGUAUUCAUUUAAUUAUUUAAUGAUAAAUGUGAUAAGCAUAUCAUUGUCUUUCACUAUGCAUAUUAACAACUGAUUUUAAUGAAAUAUGUGGUGGUCUUUUUUUUCUUCUUCUUUUUUAAAAUGUUUAAGCCUAAGAAUGGCAAAAAUGUGUAGUUUGGAACAGAGCUAAUGUGUAAUUUGUUUGCGAACUCUAAUUGGAUAAGUACACUUCAUAUUAAUGACGAGUUUCUCACAUCAAGGGAUGAUAUGUCAUUUAAACACUUUUCAGAUAUAGUGAUUUAGUUAAUGGGUAAUAGCAAAGAAUCCGACUGAAUCUUGUAUAAGGCUAGUGUCAGACUGCCAACUGUCACGACGAAGUUCACCAACUCUAUGGUUGCAUUGUAAUUUUUUCAACUCGACAUAGAUGGGUGCACUUGGAUUAACAACUAGGUCAUAAGACAAGAAUUGUAGAAGUUAUGACAGCAGAAAGUUGGUCACUUUUCUUCUGGCAGUUGGUAGUCUGAUCCUAGGACUAGAAUUAUUUUGUAAUUUUUACUAACAUUUUUGAGUCUUGUUGUUGCACGAAGAAAAAUUUCAUCUGGGUUUUCAAUUGUUUACUUGCUUUUUUUUUAAACGUUCUCUCGAUUUAGGAAGGUUUAUUAUAUAUCUAUAUUGUUUUUUAUUUACUAGUUUUGACACAAUGUGUUCCUUUGUUUUAGUUUUCUACCAUGUGAGUUUGGACUUGAAAUUUUUAUCAUGUUACAGAUUAAGUUUUACUAAAAUAUUUGCAAUUACACACUGUGAUUACUAAUGUCUAAUAAAAAUGUGUAAAUCGUAA